UCUCCUCAAUCACUUCAUCAGCAGGAACAGAGUAACUAAUUAGAAAGAGAAUUGAUCAUCAGCUCGUCAAUCGAAUUCUCUGCAAACAGUUAGGGUUUCGCGAUGGCUAGAGAGUGUGGAUACAAGAGGAAGGGCAUCGAUCUCGAUUUCGCCCGUGAUGAUUUCUCCGACUUCUCCCUCUCCGCUCCGGCUCUCAAGAUCCGCCGCCUGGCUGCUGAGUCGUUGCCUCCGAUAAUGGAGGAAGAGGGAGCAGAAGUAGUUCCGGCGAUGUACGAGGCGGAUUCUCCCAUGGUGUCUAUGGAGGAUACGGUUCCGCCGCUGCCUCCGUCGGCGGAGACGGAGAAUCUAGAGAGAGCUCUCGUGGUCUACAAGCCAGCCAACUUCCAUCGUCCGUACUACUCGCCUUCGAGUCUCUCCGUCGCGCUGGAUUCCGGGAUUCUCUCCGGUUUUACGAGGGAUCAAUUUCUCAGAUCAGAGAUCAGACCGGUUCAGGAAGAUGAAGCAGAAGCCGUGGGCAGUUACAAAACUGCAGCGAAUGGUGGCGGAUGCAGGGCUGUUGUACCGUGGGUUGCUUCAUCUCAGCAUUCAUUUGGCAACCAAAUGCGAGAUUUCCAAGCUGAAGCACCGGAAUCGGAUGAAACUGGCGUAGCAUCAAUGGAUGUCGAGGAAAGCAAUGGUCACGGGAGCAUCGAGCAAGGGCAGCAUUUUGGCAGCAUCGGCGGAGAUGAUGGGUUGCGUCAAUGGCAGCAGCACUGCUUCAUCCCGGAGCUGCCUCCCAGUAACCAGACGCCUGUCACCUGGUUGAGAUAACCGGACAGUUAAGCUUAGUCUGCCUCCCUCUCUUUUGUGUUUUGAGUAGUUUUUUGUGAUGCUGAAACUAUCGAGGGUUAAGAUCUAUGGUAGCUUGUUCAAGGUAGCCAGCGGCUGCGACAUGAUUUCUGUAAGUUGUUCUUGCAUAGGAUUAAGCUCCUUUAGUAAGGAACAGCCUCGCCGCCGACGAGUCGGUUUUUGGUCAAAUUAUUGCUACCGAGGCUGUCAGUAUGACUAAUUGUUUCUUGUCCAGGACUAUCAUCUCCAUUGGAAGGUCGAUUCGGGUUUUACUUUGUCGUUUGUUUGACCCAUUUGGCUGAUAAUUUCUUCCAGCACUCGAGUCGUCGGUUCUGAAUUAGCUCCGGAGGAAAUCACUAAUGGCUUUGUGUCCUAACUCCUAAUUCCUAAAGCAUUAUCAGCCAAAUGUACACCAUCGUGACUUGAACCCAACUCGAGUUUCGAUGAUUUGGCACGAGUAUUACCCCCGAGCAGUAACCACUAGGUCAUGGUUAGUCGCACACAUGUCCAAGACUUUGGUGGCUACUGGUGCCUGUGAAUGCUCUAAGCCUGAGUCUUGUAUUAUUGCUUAAGAUGAAUAUAUAGUACAUUGUGGCAACAGAUUGCCGUGUUUACUGUAAGCCAGUAACAGUGUGGCUGUGAAAUAGAUACUGAAAGUGAUGGAAUGCGACAGAAACUUGAAGUGGUCAAUAUUCCUUAUCAUGCCCCCAUGGACCAGGAAACCGGAUCGUACCGGCCGGUUCAACCGGUUCAAUUGGAACCGGGCCAGAAACGAAACGGCAGGUAUUUGGUGGCAGAAUUAUCGUGCCGGGCGAUUUUUACGGUUUGACCGGUUGGAAACGAAAUAUCGUCCGGAUUUGUUCCAACCGGCGGUAGGCUAUUUGCUAAGAAAGUCGCCGUUUUAUGCAACGAACAUGAGAACAAAGAAAUUAAAAAAAAAAAACCGGCGUCCAAACUCUAAUCCCUAAUCGAAGGCUUUCUUUCAUCAUCGUUUGCCUUCAAGAAAAAAAAAGAAAAAAAAAGUAAAGAACCCCUAGCCCAAUCCUCGACUGCUCCACUCCAGCACUUCCUUCCUCUUGAACUUCAAUUCAAUCCCCAGCUCCUCAACUUCUAUCUGCCGCCAACGCCAAACAUUCAUCCAUGACCACUGUUGCCGAUCAAAUCCCCCGACGAAAUCCAAUCCGUCUCUCACUCGUGAUUAUUUCCAGAUUCGGUAGCAACACUCGUCGCCACUCCUUCAUGCAGUAGCCGAAUGAUGCAGAUUAGGAAAAAUAAAUGAUUUUAACAACAUGCAGUAGAUCGAUUAAAGGCGCCACCAACUAUAUGCAAAAGGCCUCGGAUCUAGUGGCUUGACUGAUUAUUCUUCAAAUACAUCUCGUUCAAUACAUUGAGUAAGAGAGUAGAGCGGAAGUGGGAACUUGGAAGGAAUCUCUCUGUUUUUCUUAUUAUGCUUGCUAGUAGAAAAUUAAAAUGGGGAAACAGGGACAAGAUGGGAAACAGAAAGAGAAGGAGAGAGGAAGAAAGUCGAGACUCAAGAAACGAAGAGACUAGAAGGAUAUGGAAUAUAGGGUUUGAGAGGAGGUUUGUUUUUAACUAUUUAUAUGUCUUGUAAUGUAAUCAACGGUCAUGAUUUGA